UAUUCCUCCCUUCCCUCCAAAUACAAACCUUCCCCUUUCUCGGGCCUCGCGAAUGCUCACUGAUUUCUCACUUUUUCUCUUUCUAGCUUUCUCCCUCUACGAACCAAAAACAAAAGCCACAAAAAACACCCACUGCACAGUGACACUCACCAUAUCUUGUUUGCUUCCGUUAUGCUAUUUUUUGAGCUGUUUCACGAAUCUUGACACAUAUCUCAGCUUCUGAAGAACCAAAAUUUCACAAUCCCUUCCCGAGCUCUGUUUGCUUCAAGUUGAAGGGCGACUUCUACUGUCAUUUGUCAGUGGGUUUUAAGAAAAUCUUGCAAAAAUGGAGGAAGCAUCAGCUUCGGCGCCUGCUUCUGCUUCAUGCUCCACUUCUGGUAAGGUUCGGUUGGUACGUUGCCCAAAAUGUGAAAACCUUCUCCCUGAGAUGCCUGAUUUCUCCGUCUACCAAUGUGGUGGCUGUGGUGCCGUUCUUAGAGCUAAGAAGAAAAAAACUAUGGAGGAUGGACUGCCAGAGAUUUCUGAUGUAGAAAAUGGUAGAACAGUUUCUAGUAAAGAGGUCAUCGCUAUGGGUUCAGGAAAUGUUUGUGAAACUGAGGUGAAGCAUAGUGGGCAUGAAACAGGCAAGAUGAAGGCCUUGCAUAGUAAUUCCUCAUUGGGAUCCAUAGAAGCUGGCCGUAGAGACCAUGAAGCCAUUUCAGUUCAUAAGAGGCGUGAUUUGUGUAGAGGAGAUAAUAAUGUUUACGAUGAAGAAGAGCACAAUAUUUCUAAAAGUGAGCUUGAUAAUCAGGUCUUUCAAGAUGAUGGUCGCUGUGUGGGGUUAGGAGUUCCUCAAUGUGCUGGGAAUGAACCCAAACAGCCCAUACCUUCAGCAGAGUCAUUUAGUUCUGGGCCUGUUAUUGACAGUAGGGGUGGGGAAAGGAAAAAAUUCAAGGAUUCAUAUGGAGAUGCCAGACAAGCAGCAAGGCAGGUGAGGUUUAUGGAUUGUCCAUAUUCAGACGAAGGGCCUUCUUCGAAAUACGGAAUGGGCUCAUAUUAUGGUGCUAAUGAUCGUAGGAGAUACUAUGAUGGUUUAGAUGGGUUUGCCAAAGUUGCAACUCUUGAGAAUGAUCGAGCCGAGCUCCUCAGAAAGAUUGAUGAAUUGAAGGACCAACUUAGCCGAACUUGUGAUAUAUCAGAGAAGCCCAAGGAAAGAAUUGUUGCUGAAGGAAGAACAGCCCCAGCUCCGAUUCCAACUCCAUCAGAUUCUUAUAGUAGGCACAACAUGUUUAUGCAAGGCUCAUUUGGUGCGAAUAAGCAUUCCCUUGGACGAGAUCACCGGGUGGGCUUUCCAUACAUAUAUGAUGAUCGAGUAAGUGGUCCUUAUAACGGCAGACACUGUUCAAUGAUGCAAGAUGCUUACCUUCCGAUGCACUUUAGUAAUGGUACUCUAGGUUAUGAAAAUGCAUACAUGGAUGAAAUAAUCAAAAUGCCUCCCCAUCAGCCAUAUCUCAGUCCAUCGGAUUUAACUUCAGAUCUCAUUAGGCCAUAUCCACCACAUGAGAGCCGUUUUCACCAUCCCGCUUGCUCUUGCUUCAACUGUUUCAACCACAACAUGGAACCACCUCCUGUGAUCCAACAAUCUACUUUUAGAAGCCGAAGGUCACGAAAUGACCCUGCCAAUCCUGUUAUGUGUCAUUCUUCAGCACAUGGUUACACUUCUGAAGGCUCCUCGUCCAGUCAUCCUAAUGCAAAAUGGCUGACUAGAAGCUCAAGUGAUUUGAGUAGGAAAAAUUGUACUGUUGGUCUUCAGCGCCAUCCAAGGAAGGUAUUUGUUGGCCAUGGGAGUGGGAAGGUGUGCAGAACAGUUGCAGGUGGGGCCCCUUUUAUAUCGUGCUACAACUGCUUUGAGCUGCUGAAACUGCCACAAAAAGAUAGAAUGGUGGCCAAAGACCAGAACAAAAUAAGAUGUGGGACAUGUUCUUCCAUCAUCGCGUUUGAACUUAAUAGCAAGGGCAUUGCCUUGUCUGCUCCUCAGAUUAAACAAGUGCAAGUCAAUGAAUCCAUUAGUAUGCCGCCUCACAAGAGACUUCAUAGUUCUAGUGGUUUCAUUAGCCCCUGCUCUGAUGAUUAUGAUGAACAUCAUAAUUUCAAGUAUGAGUUCCAUGACACCUUCCGUGAAUCUGGAAAGAGGCAAGAGGUUCAUUCUUUGUCAUCUAGUUUCUCUGAGCAUGAGAAAAGCCCCAGGGUUGGUAAUGUGAGGAAAGAUUGUUCUCGAUCUGCUGAGCUGCACAUUAAAGAUGAUAUGUCUCCACUACUUCCAGAUUCACCUCUACAUCAUGACCAUCUUUCUUCAGAUGAUGUGACUGAUAUAUGUAGUAGGGGAACUAAAAUUGAAUCUGCAGAUGAAAAGAUUAUUGAUGGGUGGACCUAUCGUCAGAAUUCUGUGAAAGAUGCUUGUGUGGCAACUGAGAUAGACAUUUCAAUGCCUCAAGAAUCCACUGAAGUUGCCAAGGAAGAUCGGCAGAAUGGUAAAAGGGGGAGCGAAUCCUUCAUUGUAGGUAUACUUAAAAGGGGAUUUGGAGAAUUGGCAAGGUCGGGUCAGAAUUCUGAAAACAGGAGAUUGAAUGUGUUUGUGAAUGGGAAACUUAUAUCAGGUCGUGUCCUUAAAAAGGCGGAAAAGUUAGCAGGACCUAUUCAGCCUGGAGAUUACUGGUAUGAUCACAGGGCAGGAUUUUGGGGUGUGAUGGGCCAUCCAUGCCUAGGAAUCACUAUGCCAAAUAUAGAAGAGUUUAAUUACGCUAUGCCAAAAAAUUGUGCUGCUGGAAACACGGGUGUGAUAGUGAAUGGGCGUGAGCUUCAUGAGAAGGAUAUGGAUCUACUUGUUAGGAGAGGUCUUCCACUUACAAGAAACAAGUCGUAUCUAAUUGAGAUGUCAGGAAGAGUUUUUGAUGUUCAAACUGGUGAAGAGCUUGAUGGCCUUGGCAAACUUGCCCCAACAGUUGAAAGAGCAGGGCAUGGAUUUGGAAUGAGAGUCCCAAAAUCACUUGUAGAGGAGUCACAUUAGGGUAUGAUCUUCACUUUGCAGAUGAUAUCAUAUGCAGCUGUUUCGCAAUACAGUUGUAUUUUGAUGCACAAUAAGAAUAAAAAAAAUUAAAAAAAUGUUCUUAGACAUUUAUUUUAAUGUUAUGUAAGUGCUGAAUGUUGCACAUAAGUGGCUGAAAAGCUUGGCAAAUUCAAAUUUACCUGGAGGUUGAUGUGAAGAUGGCAAAUGUUAUGAUGCUUAGUGAAGUGAAUAAUUUUGAAUUAAGCAGGACUGGUUAACAAGUUAACAUAGUAGCUGGUUAUUGCAUCAUAAGUAAUUUUUUCAUAGAAGAUAUUUAAUGAAGCUGAUUGGCUGUGAUUAAUUUGAGUAGGUGCUCAAGUGGUAGACUCGAAACGAGGCUUCCCGGUAUCAUGACAUACCAUCUCUCCACACACCUUCUUGGCAAAUAGUGUUUGGGGUGAGCGAAUUCACCUUUUGGAACAAGUUUUUAAUAGAGAAAUGCUUCCAUGAGAUUAUUUGAAAGCGAACUUACAAGAGGAAAUAAUAUUUUUUGUCGUCCCACCAGACUAGAUUGUAUUAUUAUUGUAUGGAGGAGUAUAUAUGAUUAUAAAUACAAAAUAGUUACAAAAG